AACGUGUUCCGCACAUGGAACUCACUUAUGGCAAUUUGAUCCCAGGCUGCCUUACACGUCCCUCAGUCGAAACGAAAGUUAUCAUUUGCGACCAUUGAAUACCUGGGCAAAUUUUGGUUGCGUGUAUGUCGGGGUGGGGCCUUCGAAUUUUGAAUGGGACCUCUACUUGGCGGUCCCCUCUAGGUUCCUUCUUGCUUCAUCCUCGUCCAGGUCUGAUUCGUCUCCGAGCUUUGGCCACUAUCAUGUCCGAUGAGGUGUCGCCCAUCGUAAAAUCUCCUGUUGAGGAGGAGCCCAAGGCCGAAUAUCCUUGGCGCAAGGCUAAGAAAGUGGCCUGUUUAGUGUCCUUCAGUGGUAUAAACUAUUACGGCAUGCAACGGAACCCGAGUUGUCCUACCAUCGAAGAGGAACUGCUGCGGGCCUUUCGAGAUGCGGGCGCUAUUCCAUCGGAAUGGUAUGACAAUAUGCAGAAAUCGUUCUUCCAACGAGCCUCGCGAACUGACAAAGGUGUCUCGGCCAUCAAAAUGAUCAUAUCCCUUAAGAUGCCAAACUGAGAAAGAGGAGAGGUCGAUGUUGGAUUGGAUGGAGAACCUUCCUAUUCAUUCGUUUGAACCGAGGCAUUUUGAAUCCGUGGAUUCGCCCAGAAACCCUCUGAGGCAGGCCAAAGGUCUUGUGGGCAAACUCAACGAUAAAGAUGCGGAAGAAGACGAGCAGUUACAGAAAGAGCAAAAUGGAGUUGGUCAUGAUGCCGAUGAUGUGUUUGAAGAAGCUAACACAGACCCAAAAGGGAAGGAGAAAUGUGAAGUAGCGGAAAUUUAAGCGUGAGCUCUCUUUGAAUCAUUUCAUUAUCCUAUUUAAAGAAAUAUACGUUUCUGCGCAUA